AUGCUGUUGCCGUCCACUUCGUUGGCACCGAGUCGGUCGGCGCUGCGUCUGCCCCUAGCGGGCAAGGGCAAGGGGGGCAAGGGCGCUGGAGGGGCUGGCGGGGGCGGUGGAGGUGGCGGUGGAGGCGGCGGAGGGAGUGGGGGUGGAGGUGGGAGUGGUGGUGGGGGUGGGGGCUUCGGUGGCGGCGGUGGAGGCGGAGGCGGCGGCGGCGGUGGCGGUGGGAGGGGAGGAGGAGGCGGUGGUGGCGGCGGCGGAGGUGGAGCUGGUCGGGGUGGCUCUGCGCAGCGUGGCGGCUUCGGUGGUGGUCAGCGCCAGCAGCAGCAGCGCACUCGUGAUACCCCGCCCCCCCAGCAGCUUCGUGAGUGGCAUUGA